AUGGAUGUAGAGAUAUUUGCAAUGUUACGAAAGAAGCCUACUACAGUACCUAAAGAAGCUCCUAAGGGAUUUGAAAAUUCGAUGCUUAGGAAAAUCUACAAGGAAGGUUGGUAUGUUGUCUUUCAAGCAAGGGAUAAGAAUGAUGGUGACUAUCGCAAAACUUGUUUCCUCCUCCCAGACAAACACUUAUACACCACAUCUUAUGUUGAGUUUAUGUUGGAUCUUGUUAGCAAAUACAGGGGCAACAGUGAAGGAGAUAAGAAGUGCUUCUCGGACAUGAUUCGUUGGUAUGUCCAAGUUCGUAAAGCAUUGUUGAGCAUAAUGUCGAAGGUUUUUGAAGUACAAAGCGAAUCCAGAAUUGAUGUUUGCUUGCUUCAGUUAAUGCAAAGGGGGAGAUUGUUGGGCAGAAACUCACAUGCCAUAUCAAAAGAUUUGGAAAAAGGAAAGCUUGGGGUAAAGGAGGAGAAGUUAGUUGCUGAGAUGGAGCUAAUCAUAAAUAAGCUUGGGGAGGAAGAAAAGAAGAUUUAUGGAAAAAUGAUUCAAGAAAAAGUAAUGAUUUUUGCUGAGCAAGUUUCUGAAAAGAAAAAUCUAAAAAGAAUAAAAUUUGAAGAGAAGAAGGAGAUGAAUUCUGGAAAGAAAAUGAAGAUCAGAAACAGAAAGAAGUUUGAAGGGAUCUGGAUUGACAAGGAAAAGAGUUGA